GAUACACAGGCAUUCAUACGUCGAUUGGCGCGUAAGCCAACAGCUGGCAGAGCGGACACGCCUAUAAAUGAGAAGUAUCCAUUCUUGAGCCUUCUACCUGCUCUCCCAUUCAAAUGCCCCUUCCCGGCGCGUCGAGCGCGGCGCUGUCCGCGGCGGGCGCCGCGGCAGUGCCAGCCACUGCAUUGGCUGCCCGGGCCGGCCGCACCCCUGCGGGCCCUGCGGCCUCACCCUCGCCCUCGCCCCUUCUCUUCUGCUCGGGCCUCUAUCAGCGACCGCUUGCUUGGCCAGCUUCACUGCCAACAACCGCAUGUGGCGCCAGCUCUUCAUGCAUCAACAGCAGCAACAUUAGCGCUGCAGUAUGCGGUACUGCUGUUGUUGGCGCUGCCAGCAGCAGCGCCAGCAGCGGCGCCGCCGCCGCAUGGCCACAUGGCUACAGCCGCCGCCUCAGCAGCGGCGUCGCCGGCAGUAGCAGCCGCGGCCUGUCCCUGGUGGCGGGCGCCGCCAAAGCCAGCGGCAGUAGCAGUAGCAGCGGCGGCGGCUCGGGGGCGGCGGCGGUGGCUGUAGCAGAGCGGGUGGAGGACCGGGAGCUUGUGGACGAGACGCACGACUCGUACAUGUCGUACGCCAUGUCAGUCAUCGUGAGCCGCGCGCUGCCGGACGUGCGGGACGGACUCAAGCCCGUGCACAGGCGCAUCCUGUACGCCAUGCACGAGCUGGGCCUGGUGGCCACCAAGCCGUACAAGAAGUGCGCCCGUGUGGUGGGCGAGGUGCUGGGCAAGUUCCACCCGCACGGCGACAACGCCGUGUAUGACAGCCUGGUGCGGCUGGCGCAGGACUUCUCCAUGCGCGUGCCGCUGGUCCAAGGCCACGGCAACUUCGGCUCUGUGGACGCCGACCCCGCAGCCGCCAUGAGAUACACGGAAUGCAGGCUGGCGCCGGCUGCUGAGGGGCUGUUGCUGGGUGACCUGGGCGCAGCCACAGUGGAGUGGCGGGACACCUUUGACGCGUCGCAGCAAGAGCCGGUGGUGCUGCCGGCGGUGGUGCCCAACCUACUCGUCAACGGCUCGCAGGGCAUUGCGGUGGGACUGGCCUCCACCAUCCCGCCCCACAACCUUGGCGAGGUGGUGGCGGCGCUGCGGCGCCUCAUCGCCAACCCGGAGGUGACCACGGAGGAGUUGAUGGAGUGCGUCAGGGGGCCCGAUUACCCCACUGGCGGGCAGUUGAUCACGGGCCCCGAGCUGCUCGCUGCCUACCGCACCGGCCGCGGCAGCGUUGUCCUACGAGGCACCGCCACCAUCGAGCGGGCCGGCAGUAGCAGCGGCGGCGGCAGUAGCAGCCGCUCCCGCAAGUCGGGUGCUACUGCCAAGGCCAAGCCGCGGGGCAAGGCGGCGGCCGCGGCGGCGGCGACGGCGGAGGCGGCGGCGGAGAAGCUGGCGCAGGCGGCGGAGACGGCGGAUGGGGGUCCGGAGCUCAUUGUAAUCACAGAGCUGCCGUACAGCGUGUGCAAGGCUCAGCUGGUGGCUGACAUCGCCCACAUGGCCGCGCCGCGGGAGGAGCCCAAGAGCCGCAGCCGGGCGGCCAAGGGCGGCAAGGACGGCUCUUCGGCUUCCGGCUCUGGCGGUGGCGGCGGCUCUUCGGCUUCCGGGUCCGGCUCUUCGGGUCCCCGGCUGGAGGGGGUUGCGGACGUGCGUGAUGAGAGCGACCGCACCGGCAUGCGAGUGGUGGUAGAAGUCAAGAUGGGGUGGAACGCCGAGCUGCUGCUGGCCCAGUUGUUCAAGGACACGCGGCUGCAGAUCAGCCAGUCCUUCAACUGUGUGGCUCUGUGUGGGUCCAGCCCAGUGCAGCUGGGGCUCAAGGACAUGCUGGCGGCGUUCCUGGAGUUCAGGUGUGAGGUGGUGACGCGGCGCACCCAGGCCGCCCUGGCCGCCGCCCAGCAGCGGCUGCACCUGGUGGACGGAUUCCUGGCCGUGCUGGGCAGUAGCAGCAGCAGCAGUAGCAGCAGUAGCAGUAGCAGCAGUAGCAGCAGUAGCAGCAGCAGCAACAAGCCCCGCAGUAGCAGCACCAGCCGCAACGGGACCGCCAGUAGCAGCAACGGGGCCGGCAGCAGCAGUAGCAGCAGCAAUAGUCGGCUGGAUGCGGUGGUGGCUGACAUCCGCGCGGCGGCGGACGGGGCGGCGGCGCGGGCGGUGCUUGUGGCGCGACACGGGCUGAGCGAGGCGCAGGCGGAGGCGGUGCUGGGGCUCACACUGCGGCGGCUGACGGGCCUGGAGGCGGCUAAGCUGGAGGCGGAGAGGCAGCAGCUGCACGAGACCUCCAGCGGCCUGUCCCACAUCCUUGGCAGCCGUGCUGCGCUGUUGGCGGUGGUGGAGGCGGAGGCGGCAGCGGCGGCGGAGGCGUUCGGGGACCCGCGCCGGACCUCGGUGCUUGGGGCGCAGGAGGCGGCCGCCGCCGAGCCCGAGCCCGCGGCUUUGCUGGCAGCGCUUACGCCCAACGAGCCGUGCCUGGUUGUGGCCAGCCGCCGCGGCUUCCUGCGGCGGCUUCCUGGCGAGGCGCUGGCGGCGCAGAACCGCAACACACGGGGCAAGUCCGGCAUGAAGCUAAGGUCCGGCGAUGCGCUGGCCUGCCUCGCCUCCGGCCGCGACCACGACCGGCUGCUGCUGCUCACGCCCGACGGCAGGGCAUUCGCCACCACAGCCAUGCUGGGCACCGGCGCGGGAGCGGGAGGCGGCGCGGCAGCGGCGGCGGCGGCGCCGUCGCCAUCGGGCGCGAGCGUCGCAAACGUGCUAAAGCUGGAUUCGUCCUUUCCCAUCGCUGCACUUCUGCCCGUGCCGCCAGCGCUGGCCACCCAGGCCGGCGCCAGCAGUAGCAGCCGCAGCCGUCGCAGCAGCAGCAGCAGCAGCGGCGCCGCCGCGCGCGCUGCGGCUGCCGAGGAGGCGGCAACGGCGGCGGCGGCAGCAGACGGGGCAAGCGCGGAGGCGGAGGCCGAGGGCGAAGAAGCGGCGGCGGCGGCGGGUCCUGAGGCGGGGCCCAGUGUGGUGCUGUGCAGCCGCCGCGGCCUGAUCAAGCGCAUCGCGCUGCCCACCAAGAUCACGAGGGUUGGCCUUCCGGUGAUGGGCGGGCUGCAGCAGGCGCAGGCGCAGACGCAGGGGACCGGGAAGGAGAAGGACGGCGGCGGCAAGGGCGGCGGCGCUAGCACCGACGACGAGCUGGGCUGGGCGCUGCUGGUCCCCGAUGCCAGUCGGGCCGGCGGCGAUGUGGUGGUGGCGGUGACGGCGGCGGGGCAAGCAGUGCUGUUCCGGGCGGGGGAGCUGCGGCGCAGCGGCCGGAGCUCGCUGGGCGUCAAGGCCGUGGCUCUGGGCAGCAAGCGGCGGCCAAACGACCGCAUCGCCGACCUAACCAUCCUGCCCGCAGCCCUGGCGGCCGGGCUGGGCUCAGCAGCGGCGGCGGCGGAGGACGAGGAUCAUGAUGAUGAUGAGGAGGAGGACCACGAAGACGAGGAGGUGGCUGGGGAGGUGGCUGGGGAACAGGCGGCGGCCGCAGCUCGGCCGGCGAUGGGGCCGUGCCUGCUGCUGGUCACGGCGCAGGGCAGCGGCAAGCGCGUCCUGCUGUCACAGCUGUCGCUGGGGCACCGCGCGAAGGCCGGCCGCAAGGUGAUUCGACUGGGCACCGGCCGCCGCACCCGCAACAAGACCGGCAGCAGCAGUAGCAGCAGCGGCAGCAGCCGUAGCGGCUCUGCCGCCAAAUCUGCUGCUGCUGCUGCUACUGCCGGCGGCGGUUCGGGGCCGGACCGGCUGGUGUGCUGCCUGGUGGUGGGGGACGGUGACGAGGUGGUGGUGGCCAGUCGCAACGGCGUGCUGGUGCGUCAGAGCGUGGACAGCAUCCCGGUGCAGGGCCUGUACUCGCGCGGCACAUUCUUGAUGAGCCUGGACGAGGGGGAUGAGGUCGCUGACGUGGCGCUGGCGCCGCGGGAGCAGGAGGCGGAGGCGGAGGAGGCGGCGCUGCAGCAGCAGCAACAGCAGCAGCAGGAGCGAGAGGGGGAGCGCGAGGCGGCGGCAGGAAAGGCGCAGCAGGGCAGGGGCAAGAAGCCUGCGGCGGGGGUAGCGGCGGCGGCGAGUGCCGGCGGUGUGGGCAAGAAGGGCGCGGGCAAGGCCAAGGCGGCAGCGUAGGUGAGAGAGGGUGCAGUAAUGCGUGAGGACGAGGGCGAGCAGGGGGCAGUGAAGUCAGUGAGUGAGCGAUACCGGUAGGUGAGUGGGUACAGCAGCAUGUGGGUGGAGGCCGUGGAGGGCCCGGCAAGCGCUCCUGAGGCGGCUAGGUUGGACCACUAAAAGUCAGGGCACGAAUUGCAACCGGAUUGGGUAAUGCGGGUUUGCAAGUUGCAGUUUGACAUGGUCAGGUUGCGACAUGUCGACAUACGACGUUGCGAGACGCCCCUCCUACCCAUCGGGUGAUUCCUGCUGAUAAAAUGGGAGUAAUGUGCGUGUGGGCCUGUGCUACUUUUGCCCGCGCUCAUCCACUCUCCUGUGCCCGCUCCCGUGGUGACAGCGUUAGCCCAAUGCUUUCCCACUCUGCAGCUACCGUACUCUCAGCUAUCCAGCUGGCAUGCAUCUCCCUGGAAGCGGGCACUACGUGAAUAUGCCAAGCCUGCCCUUGCUGCUGUUGUGAGGCCGCCCAUUGGAGGUUUUUUUCUGUAUGCUGCCCACAGCUCCAGCGGCCUGUUCCACACCCUGGGCAGCCGGGCCCCUCCGGGCCGCGCUGUUGGCGGUGGUGGAGGCGGAGGCGGAGGCGUUCGAAGACCCGCGGCGGACCUUUGCUGCUGUUUUGUGGCCGCCGAUUGGACAGGGGGGCAGUCAAGAAGGGUGCAGUUCAACAUUGUACGUUUGAUUCGAAAUUGAAUCUCUUAUGUCCUAUUUAAUGUAUAAUUUGGUGCGGAAUGCUGGCGACGCGCUAUUGUUGUCAAGCGAUGAAGCGAUGCACGCACAAGCUACAACAUACGAGAAAGUACCUGUGGCAAUAUUAUCUUGAUGUAUGUAGCAGCAGGACGUCGAACCUGCGCUAACCGUGCAUCGAUCGGUCCCGGCUGGUCUGGCGUGCAUGGUAGGUACCUGCAUCGGAGAUUGCUUCGCAAAUAGGGAAACCCUCGAUGAUAUUUUGUCAUAGUGU